AUGAAACUCCUCACCACCGCAACCGCCACGGCCAUCAUCGCAAUACUUGCUCCAAUGACGUCAGCUUCGACCAUCACCGACCCGUCCGCCCUCGCCGCGAGCGUCAACACCUUCGACCUGCACGCGCGCAGCCUGAAGAAGAUGGACGGCAAGUGCACCCCCGGCGGCGGAUGCAAGGUUCCCGGCGGCCUGCACGCGGCGUAUCCGUGCUGGAAUUCGGAGUGUGUCGUUCCCAAUCACACAGACGCCGACAAGAAGGAAAAGGAAAAGGGGAAUGGCAGUCUUAGUGGUAACCACACCGGCAAAGCCAAUGGCAAAAAAGGCGACGGUGGCAAUGACACGGGCAAAAACUGCACCAUCGCGCCCGGCGUGGACGGCGCGUGGGUCGCAAAGUGUCCGACGAAUCUGUUGCCGUAUGAGUGGGCGUGGCCGUGGGUGCCGCCGCCAAAGGAGAAGACUGGUCAUAAGGACGAUAAGGAGUAG